UACAAAUUUUAAAAUAACGCUAAAGAUUAUAGGCUUCAGUAUAUAAAACAUUUACCAAAAACUCAAUAUUUUCGUAGGGGUUAACACAUAGAUUUUGAGAAAAUUUCAAAAAAUUUGACAAUGUUGUUUUAAUGCAUAGUUGCAUUAUGCAUCAACAUAUGAUGAUGUUUAAAGAGGUUUGGAGCCUUUGUUGUCUCCAUUUUUCAAGAAAAUAGCGAUUAUAUAGUGGUUAUUCCACUUAUUUAUAGAUUAUUGUGAAGUUUUACUAAAUAAAGUGAUAAAAAAUUAUAAUGAUUCCCAUAUAUCAUGAAAAAGAGUUUAACAUACAUUAAUACAAAUGUAUAAUGUAGUUAGAAUAUUAAUACAUAAUAUAUCCACCAUUCAUAUAAAUAUUUUCAUGAAAUAGAAUAUUUUAAAAUGACAAUUUAAGUCAAAUUUUAUUACAUAAUGGAUCAUCUAUCGGUUUAAUUGGUAGCUGCGUUCUAGGUUUUAGGGAUUUUUUUGCGCAAUUUAUAAAAAAAAAAUUAAAUAGUGAUUUUUUUUUGGAAAAUCAAACCAGAUUACAUAUAGAAUCACUGGUUUUAUCGCGGGUCCGGAUCGAGUUUCAGAACAUUGAAUAUUACACUUCAUAUGUAACAUUUAAAUGUAGAUAGACAAUUAAAAAUACAAAUUUAUAUCAUAUAAAUUUGGUUUAUUUCGAAAAAGUAUCUCUCGUGUUUUCUAAAUACGGAUAAAAUAUCUAGUUUUAAUUAAAUCGGUAGAGAUUAAGUAAAAAACUUUGUUGGUUGAGACUAAGACAAAAAUAUACAUAAAUACUAAUAAAAUCGUUGACAUAGAAAAAGCUCACAAGAAUAAAUCAACCCAAAACUCCAUUACUUAUACAUCAAAAAGAAGGGUUGUUUGGCAUGAAUCUGAAGUUCUUAUAUAAAAAAGAAAAAGAAACACGAAAAGAACACCUCCACCACUCUCUUCCUUCGUUCAAAACAUGUCCCAACAUGUUGACCCAAGACAGAGAUGAAGAGCUAGUUUUGUUCCUGGAGAUAGGUCGUCUCGAGAAAAGUCACCAAGCUUCACUUCUAACGAAUUUUUCAGAUCAUUGCAAGAGUAAUACGACAUCCAUGUCGUCUCAACAAUAUCCACCCCGGAGAACUGCCGCCGAUAAUUUUUUGUACUCCGAAGACGAGAAGUCCGAUUACGAUUGGCUGGUUACGCCACCAGACUCACCGAGUAAAAGCUCAGUGAACCAACUCGAUGCACCCGAUGCCACCUUGACGAUGGCUCUUAAAUCCCGGUUAGAGAGUUGUCGUGAAGAAGAGAGGGACAGAACAUCAUCCAAAAAACAAACAAUUGGGCUCAAACGACCCACGUCCUCUAACAGCUCAAGGUCAACGAGUAGACCUUCUACACCAGCCAGAAGGUCCACAACGCCAGCCACAAGGUCAACGACUCCGAUUUCGCGUGUCACCUCAAAAGGUGCGCGUGCUAACUUAACCUCGUCCUCUACUAGCAGCGUAAGACCAACGAGCAGACCUUCUACGCCAACCAGAAGGCCUUCUAGCUCUGGAACUUCACGUGCCACAUUAACCUCGUCUUCUACUAGCACCGUAAGACCAACGAGCAGACCUUCUACGCCACCAAGAAGGCCUUCUAGCUCUGGAACCUCACGUGCUAAUUUAACCACUGCCCGUGCCACCACCGGUACAGCCACGUCUACACGAUCCAUCAUCAGGCCAAUCUCGGCACCAAGUACAAAACCGGGGUCUAGGUCAAGUACUCCAACUCGCCGUCCACCAACUCCGACAGGUUCAUUAACUGUAUCGAGAAGUAAACCAACUAAACCAGUAUGUAAACCAGCUCCCUCACCUACAUUGAGAUCACGGCCAUGGGAACCUUACGAGAUGCCUGGUUUCUCUCUAGAAGCGCCAUCAAAUCUCAGGACUACGUUACCAGACAGACCACAAACGGCGUCAAGUCGUAGAACCACAGCGUUUGGUGCGUCUAGUUCGAGAUCAUCGUCCAUAGAACGCACAGUUGCAAGGAGGCAGUCUUGUUCACCUUCUAGAAACCGCGCUCCCAUUAGUAACGCAAACAGACCAGCUGGACGAUCAAAGACAAGCAAUGCUGAUGGUGAGCUGAUCAGUCCUGUAGCUAAGGGGGCUCAAAUGGUCGAGAGAGUUGUGAGCGUGAGAAAACUUGCUCCACCGCGACUGACAGAAAAAGGCGGCUCCAACGCUGGGAAGUCGAGUUCGGGAGCUGAUGGUGUUGGGUUUGGGAGAAACCUAUCUAAAAGCUCCUUCGAUAUGGCCUUGAGGCAUAUGGAUAUCAAACAAGGGAGCAUGAAAGGCAACUUCCGACAGCUAGCGACAAAUGUACCGGCAGCUUCAUUGUACAGUGUGAGGUCAUCAGGGACCAGGAGAAAGCGUCCGGUGAGCAGCAGUGGGAGCUCGGAAUCAUCGAGUGUUAACAUCUUGUGCUUGGACGGUAGCGAUGAUAAUCUCAGCGACAUAAGCCACUAGAGUCAACUCAACAUCAUUUUCUUCUUUUCAUUUGCAUAUUAUCUUUCUGUUUUAGUAGAAAAUAACUCUAUAAAUGCUCUUGAGUGGUUUCUUGGUGAGGCUAAAGAUAUACUUCCUGGUAUUGUGUACAUUUGUUUACCUAAGGAUUAAGUGUUUAGAGCGGAAUGAUUUUUUUUUUGUUUAUUUAUUUACUUUGGCUAAGCGACCAUUGUUUUGCAAUUUAAAAAAGAGAGAUUUUGGCAAUAAUGAAGAUACACACUCUGUUGACAAUGAGAA